CAGGCUAGGUCACGAACUGUAACGAUUAACCGGUCAGGAGGAUAGAACAUGGAAGCGAUUAACAAAAUAGUGGAUUUUUUCUAUUCAUAUCCAUCUGCGUUCAUCGUUUCAUUGUUUGUAAUUGGAUAUCUUCUAUACUACUUCACUUUCGUCGUCAAGAAACCUCAGCUGGCAUGCUCAGAUAAGAAGUUCCAUAAGUUUUUAACUGACAAAGUGCCAAUUGUCCAUGAGAAGUUCUGGCCAACAAUAUGGUGUUUUGAAAGUCGGGCAAUGACAAUAAUUAGAUCGUUUAUUGAAAGAGCACCGAAAGUACAUUAUGACACUGAGAUACUCGGCAUGCCAGAUGGAGGUCAAGUACGAUUAGACUGGGCGUACAAUGACGAGAGCACGAUACAUCCAGACCCACUGUCUCGACCCACAGUGGUACUUCUCCCUGGUCUUACAGGUACAAGCAAUGAGACGUAUGCACUAAAUUUAGUCACUGAGGCUACUAAAUUGGGUUACAGGGUUGUGGUUUUUAACAACAGAGGAAAUGGAUCAGAGCUCCUUACUGCCCGAACAUAUUGCGCAUCAAACAGUGAGGAUCUGGGCCAUGUUGUUUCCCAUGUGAAAAAACGUUUCCCUGAUGCUCCACUGGUUGGGACAGGCGUAUCUCUUGGUGGAAUGAUACUGUUUAACUAUCUGGCAAAGACUGGCAAAGACUGUAAUAUGCUAGCUGGAAUGUGUGUAUCUAUGGCUUGGAACGUGUUUGAAUCUGUUACUUCAUUGGAGAAACCAGGACUUAAUAAACAUGUCCUUAAUAGAGUACUUGCUAAAGGACUGGUGGACAAUUUCCAGCAAUACAUGCAUCUGUUUGAGCAACAUAUAGAAGAUUGUGACCAUGUGUUGAAAAGUACAACAAUUAGAGAGUUUGAUGAUAGAUUUACAGCCCCAAUGUUUGGAUAUUCAACAUGGCAGGACUAUUACAGUGACGCUUGUAUACAUGACAAGGUACAUCACCUUGAGGUCCCUGUACUCUGCCUGAAUGCUGCAGACGAUCCUUUCUCACCUAAACAUGCAAUUCCUUUAAAUGAGGCAGAAAUCAAUGACAACAUAGCACUACUUGUGACAUCGCAUGGAGGCCAUAUAGGAUUUCUGGAAGGAAUGUUUCCAAGAAAACCAGGCUAUAUGUAUCGCAUUUUUUCUCAGUAUAUUGAUGGUGUAUUCAGACAUGGUCCAAAGUCACACUUGCACCAAGACUGAAUGAAUCUUCACAUACUGAGAGUUAAUAGACAUUAUUACCACAACAGAAGUGGUGCAUUAGCUCUAGUCACUGGUCAAAGGGUUUGAACAGUUUCUAAAAGAUUAAUAUUACAGUUUACAGUAGAUUGCAGUGUUUUCUACAAUUUUCAUGGUGGUAUGAACCAUUUAAAUUUUGUGAUAGAUCUAUGUGAAAAAAAUAUGGUUUGUUCAGCUGGUUAAUUUGGCAUUAGACAAAAUCAGAAUUGUGAUUUUAAGAUAAGUUUGUCCACAACGAAAAUAAUGAACAUAAGGAAUUUAUAAAUGUAAACCUGUGCUACUUACACCCAAAUAUUGAAAUGGAAAAUGCCAAAUAAAAAUUGUACUUUUCUUGUAUCAAUAUUACAAUCUUAUAGGAAGACACAUUGUUAAAGCAUUUAUAAUUUUUUAUUGGUGGAGCACUGAUUUUCAUGGAUUUAUUGGUCAGCUCAUUUCAUGAAAUUAAAUCUUGAUUGACAAACAAGUAAAAUUUCCAUUUUUUUAUCUUUAAAACUUGAAAUCCACAAGUUCAUGUAAUUUUGGCUGAACUACAAAAUUUAGUCCUUACUAUAUACAAAAGUCAGUUCCUAUUUAAUAUAUGUAGCAAAUGCUCAUAUUUUGAAAGAGUGCUAUAUUUAUGUGUUCAGAUGUUAGGAUGUUCAGAUGUUAGGACCUCUGAAUGGUUAAAAUUUCAGACUUUGAUGUAAUCACUUCUGUAUGUUCAAAGUUAGGCUAAAGAUGUAAAAAAUUUUCAUGAGAAAUAGCUUUUAACUUGAAGCCCAUCUUUUUGCACCUUUUUAGUACAGUCAUAUGCACAUUGCUUUUUUAUCUUUCUAAUGUUGAUAUUUGAACUUUAAAUAGAUUGUACCAUUCAUUCCUGACUGAAAACUUUUUAAGUGUUGUCUUGCCAAAGAUUCACUGUAUGUGUUAUGUAUACAUGUAUGUUGCAUGUCUAGUUAUUCAAGGAAAACAUUGCCAAAAUGGGGUUUAGUUUUACCAGGAGGUCGCCCUUCUGGAGAUAUGAUUCUUCUUUAUGGUAUACAUGAAGAGUAUUGCUUUAUGGUAAAGGUGGAGAAUAUUGCUUUUAUGUGUAGUUAAUGUCUUCAAUCAGAUUUUUAUAAGAUUAUAUUUGUGACUUUAUUUUGGAAGUUUGUUGGCAUAUUUGUUAUAAUAUAUGAGGUUUUCACCUUUGUAUAUGAAAUGAUUGCUAUAACCUAUUCAGAAUUACUGGACCAUAUAGCAGUAUAAAUCUUGAACAAUUUUAAUCUGUUGAUUGACUAUUGCUUUGAAAUAUCAAUCUCUGUUUACAUGGGACCUGAGACAUCAAUAUUUUGUCUGCACAGACUUGUCAAAUUUCAUGCAAGCUGUGUGACAUUGUUGAUUGUGUAUUAAUGUUGUAAAAGAUUAUUAUAUUUGUGUCCAGAAGCUAUUUCUUAUUUGAAGAAAUUUUGUGCUUCUAUAGUCUUGAAAUGUUUCCAUUGAAAAACUUGCGAUCUUUCUUAACACACAUAAAUAUCAUAUCUUGUAUGUUUAAUUGUUUAUGACUAGUUUGUUAUAUUUGUAUUGUGAAUUUAAGGAUCAAGCUGCAGAAACAGAAUUUUUCAGUGGACCAAAUUUUUUUUUUAUGUAAGCUGUCCUGUUGUUUUGCAAGAUAAGACGAUCCUGAGUGUCUACUUUCAGUUUUGCUGUAAAAUUAACACAACAUUAGAGUUACAUACAAGUUUAAGCAGUUGAGUUUAACCCUUAUCAUGCUGGACACGAUUGAUUCUGCCUUUGCGACCAGUGUAGAUCAUGAUCAGACUGCACGGAUGUGCACUGUUCACCAUUCAGUCAGUAUAUUGUUGGUAAUCACCCCUUUUAACAGUUUAUGGUACUGUCAAAAUUAAAAGAUGGACAAGUUCACUAUAGAAAUUUAACAGGGUAAGGGUUAAAGAUGGUGAACAUUUCAUGACAUUUUUCAUUGUUAGUGUAUUCUGUUAAAGAAAUAUUUAAUAAACAAAAAGAUCUGUUACUCAGAGUUAGAUCCCAAUUAGAAAUGUACCUUUUAUUACUUUCUAUGAAAUUUUGUUGUGGUAUUAUCGCCCGUUCAGUGUUUAAGUCUUCAAAAAAAGGAAUUUUCAUUUUGAUUGCAAUGUAAUUUCUAGUUUUGAAUUUACAUUUGAUAGAUAAAGGGAGAUAGCAUCAAUAAGAACCAAAAAGCAAGUUUUAGAAUUGAAAAUUUAUUUCAAAUCUAUACUUGUUGCACAAACAAAGUAGUUAAAGGGAGAUAACAAUGAUUUUUACAAACAUACUAAUGAAUUUGGGCUAAAUAUAUAUAUUUGUCAAUGUAAUCUUAGACAAAUAUAAUACAAUAAUUCUUAAUAAAUAUAAUAUAUUGAUAUCAUUCCUGAGGCAAUUUUUUUUUUUUAAUGUAAGCAUAUGCUAAAAUAUGGGCAACCAGGAUAGGAAAUUAAAAUUUUUAACAUACCUUCAGUGAAGCAGUUAUAUGAUGCAUUAACAAAUACGUGAAAAUGACCAAGUUAUCAUUUCAGACACAUUGUAUAAACCUAAAAUAAACUGAGUACUUUGCCAAAAACUGUUGGCAUAAAACUUUCUUUGAAAGUUUUUGUUCGAGUUAAUAUCUAAGGAAAUGUACUGGGUGCUUCUAUUCAGCUCGGACAAUACAGUCAAUGUCCAAGCUUUCUGAGUGUUUCUACAUAGAAAAAUAAAAGCUCUUAGUAUUUUUCCAUAAUACUCUUAAGACAUCUAGAAAGUUGUGCAGCUGUGUUUGAAGUGUUCUUUUUUAGCUCAAUGCUCAGGUGAGUUUUUGCGAUCGCUCGAUGUCCGGCGUCUGUCUGUCGUCUGUCAACAUUUAGCUUGUGUAUGCAAUAGAGGCUGUAUUUUUCAAAUGAUCUUCAUGAAAUUUUGUCAGAAUGAUUACCUUGAUGAAAUCUAGGCCAAGUUCGAAAAUGGGUCAUCUGGGGUCAAAAACUAGGUCAAAUCAAAGAAAAACCUUGUGUAUGCGAUAAAGGCUGUAUUUUUCAAUUGAUCUUCAUGAAUUUUGGUCAGAAUGAUUAUCUUGAUGAAAUCUAGGCAGGCUUUGAAAAUGGGUCAUCUGGGGUCAAAAACUAGGUCACUAGGUCAAAUCAAAGAAAAACCUUGUGUAUGCGAUAGAGGCUGUAUUUUUCAAUUGAUCUUCAUGAAUUUUGGUCAGAAUGAUAAACUUGAUCAAAUCUACGCCAAGUUCGAAAAUGGGUCAUCUGGGUUCAAAAACUAGGUCACUAGGUCAAAUCAAAGAAAAACCUUGUGUAUGCGAUAGAGGCUGUAUUUUUCAGUUGAUCUUCUUGAAUUUUGGUCAGAAUGAUAAACAAGAGGACCAUGAUGGUCCUGAAUCGCUCACCUGUCCCAACAUGACCCAGUUUUGAACUGAGUAUGACGUCGUUUUUUUUCUAUUAUUUGACAUAGUGACCUAGUUUUUGAGCUCAUGUGACCCAGUUUUGAA